CAUAUGACCCCUUUAAGACUUUUGUGAAUCAUUAAAAAGAUCUGAUUCAAACAAACGAAUCAUGAAUCCCGACGGACAACGCUAAUGAAUCUUAAGUGACCGAGUUCAAAAUAAACAGUUAAUGUUAAAAUAAGUGAAUUAUUUCGACCGACGUGCAAGAAAGACACCAUCCACCCGCGAUAUCCAUUUCAUAUCGGCGUCCUGUCCAUUCUACCCGCUGAUAUUUCUAUGCUACAAGAUCAGUCGAUUACACAGUGCACUCACACUUUCUUCUGUAGGCCUAUAGGCUGUCUUCUUUACUGUUUAGAUGUACUUUCAGAGGAGUGUAACCAUUUGUUUUGUGUUGGCUGUGGGUGGGCUAUCCACAUACAGUAGGCUAUGCCUUAUAACAUGGGAGCCCUACAAUCUAAAAUAUGAUUUUAAUCGAAAACGUGGUAUAGGCCAGGGUUGCCAGGUUUUCACAAGAAAACCCGCCCAAUCGCGUUUCGAGGGGGUCCUCACGUUUACACGUUUUUGGCGGGGGCCCCCUGCUAAAAUUCGCAUUCCAGGGAAAAAUAUCAUGUUAUUGGAGUCGCUUCAAACCGGCGGACAUGAAAAACAACCCGGGCCAACAGAAGUAGCCCAAUUCCUUGGCAACUUGGCAACACUGGUGUAGGCUAAAUCAUGUUGCGUAAUUAAUUACCCAAAGAUCCUCCUACAGAUAAACCCCUCUUAAAGAUACAAAGAGCUCGCGACUGCAUCACACACCUUUCAAGAAACUACAACACCUACAACCAGCGACACUUCACUACAGAGGCCAGCAUGAAGAAAUUGCUUGUGGAUGUGGACUGUGGUGUGGAUGAUGCUCAGGCUAUCAUGAUGGCUCUGGCAGUGCCUGGUGUGCAGAUCCUGGGCAUCACCUGCGUUCAGGGCAACACUUCAGUAGAGAAUGUCUGCAAGAACGUCCUGCGUGUCCUUAAAGUGUGUAAGCAUCUGGAGAUUCCAGUAUUCCGUGGAGCGACUAAAGCGCUCUUGGGACAGACCAUCAGUGCUGGAGAAUUUCAUGGCAAAGAUGGACUCGGGGACGCCCCGGACCCCAACGCUCCUGGUUUGGAUCUGGUCCAGAAAGAGGACGCUGUGUCGGCCAUGAUCCGAAUAGUCAAUGAGAAUCCUGGAGAGGUGUCUUUAGUGGCCACGGCUCCGCUGACAAAUGUGGCUUUGGCAGUAAAACUUGACCUCUCAUUUCCCCAGAAACUCAGAGGCCUUUACAUUAUGGGUGGCAAUACAGACUCACGCGGGAACACCACUGUGUGUGGAGAGUACAACUUUGCAGCUGAUCCUGAAGCAGCAUAUAUUGUUCUGAAUGAAUUUAUUUGCCCAGUUUACAUUGCAUCCUGGGAGUUCACUUGUCGCAGUAAAAUACCCUGGGAGUUCUGUGACGGUUGGCUGGCUCAGGACACAGAUAAAGCUCGGUUUAUGACGCAGAUCUUUAAGCAUAGCAUGGAGUCCACCUACAGCGAGAGGAUUGAGAAGGAGCUGGUGGAUGGGCAGGGAUUCGUCUCCUGUGAUUCUUAUGCCAUGGCAGCAGCCAUAGAUGACACAUAUAUCAUUGAAACUGAACACAAAGCCGUCACUGUAGAGCUGGCGGGGAACUGCUGCCGGGGAAUGAUGGUUGUAGAUCACCUCGAUAUCCUGAAGAAGACUCACGAAGCCCACAUCUUGAAGAAGGUGGACUUGGAGAGGUUUAAAGUGCUCAUGAUGAAUGCUUUGAAAUAAAUGAUCAUUAGUAUCCAUAUCUGGAAUUAUCUUACGAUAUGUUUUAUAAACAUCUUUGUGGACAUUUUUUUUUGCUACUGGCUACUUCAUCAGAUUUCACUUUUUUUACAAAAUCAUAAAACCAUUCAUACAGAAAUAACAGUCAGCUGUUGAAUGGGAUAAAAAUUACAUUGAUAAAAAAAACUAUUAAUGUUUUGAAUAUUAUCUUUUGUGGAUCCAGUGAUUUUAUGAGUGAACAUUCAGAACUGGAAAUCAGUUUUAUUUGAUGAUUUCUGGUGUUGGUGAGUCAACUAUUUUUCACAAGACAAGUUUGCUUAAAAAGCAUUAUACGUAUUUACACA